GCGUUGCCUAGGCAACGGGGAAAGGCGUUACCCGGAAGAAGGGCCCGGUGGUACAUCGUCUCCCAGUCUCCCGGUGUGAGCUCGGCCUCCACUGGGUUCUGAAACAAUCUGGACCGUAGGAAAGCCGACGAGGAGUCGGAAGUGACGCACGAUGAGGACCAUCCUCCCAGAAGUCGGAAAAUUCAAAAGGAGAAAGGAGAAUCAGUACAAACCGGCUUACGGAAGCAAUGGCACGCGUUUCCUUCACUGAUGAGGUACAGAGUUCUCUUAGUUCCUCUGGAGGAAGGCAACCCUGGUCCUGUGCCUCGGAGAGUGAGCUGAACAGUGGAUAUCGAGCUACAAGCUUGGAAGAACAAGACAAGGAAUCUGAACUUUCAGACUCUAAAAAGAAUGAAAUGAAGUUGAGUAAAAAAUGGAUCAACUACCUCAGGGGCAAAGAAACUGACUCGAGACGACACCAAUCUGACAAUAAACUUCAAACAGAAAUCACUCAGGUAUCCAGUGAAGAAUUACAUGCCCAGAAGUCUUUUUGCAACAUUAAGAUAAACUUGAUACACCGCAGCGUGAACUCUAAAAAGAGCAGCAGAAAUAAAAAACUACAGUUUAGACUGGAUAAAGAGGCGUCAGAGAUAGAUGCCUUAAAUUGUACUGUUCCCAGUGAGCUUUUGAGCAGGCUGUAUUUUGAAAAUCUGAGGGCGACACUAAAACAAAUGGAAGGAGCUAAGCAACACAUUUUGUCUCAGUGUCCUAGUUGCAAUAGGAAAAGAGCAGAGCUGGCUCACGCUGCCUUCCUGAAACAAAAGAAGACUCUACUGGAGUCACGUCUACUAGAAGAGAAACUUGACGAACAUCUUCAUACCACAGAUUUUCUCACCCGUGUGAGAGAAGCACAUCAGGGCCUUCCCAGGCUGCUGGAUGAUCCCAGAAUGAUUUGGGAAAGACUGACAAAACUGCGGUCCAGUACUGUGGCAUCAAAAGAUAAGAUAGAAAGCAGAUGGUGUAGCCAGUUACCUAAGUAAACAGGAGAUGGUGAUUAUUAAUGAUAGUUUGUAAUGUGCAUACAUGUUCCUGUUGUGUACAUGGGUAAUUAUCGUUAUUUUUGUGGGCAUUUGAAAUGUGAAAUUUAUUGUUUCUUUCUCAGAUUUAAGGGCCAAGAACUUUAUGUCCACUGUGUAUUUUACAGUACAGAAGGUGAUAGUUACAAAGCUUUUACAAUGAUCCAGGAGAGAGGUAUUGCUAUAGAACUAAGAUAUGGAUAAUGAAAAGAGAAGUACAAUGAUGUAGGAGGUUAAAAUUUACUUUUUGUUGAUGAAAUGACUAUUGGGAUUUAAUAAAAAGAAUGUUAAAAAUAUUACUAGAGUUCUCAUGUACUUGGGUGAAUGACAGUUUUAUUGAGACAAAUACUAGAAAAGGGCGGUGUGUAAUGGGAGUGAUCAGUGGUGUAAUUACUUGUCAUGAGUAGGUUAAGGUAUAUUUCAGACAUACACAUUCAGAAUUGGAGGAAACAAGUCAUUUGUACUUGCAGUGUAGAGAAAAGGUCUGCCGAUUUGAAGUAAUAGGAUCGGUGGGGAAGUCCUGACAUAUUUGGAAAUUGAAGCCAUAGAUGUGAUGUGCUCAGAUGAAGGAGAAUAAAGUGAAAAUAUUAGAGAGGUUAGUACUAACUCUUGAGAUGUGCCAAUAGUUAAUGGCCAGGUAGCAGAGAAUAAAGUCACAAAAAGAAGUCAUUAGGUUGAAAAGAUUAUUUUUGGAAUAACAAACUAAGAAUGUGUGGUGGCACAUAUGUGAAGGAAAGAGAGUAUUUCAGCAAGGAUGGGAUAUCUUUGUAUGUCAGUAUAACAUGGAACACGUAACGAUGAGAUAAUCACUGUUGAUUUAGGAAUUACCAGUAUAGAAAUAGGCUAGACAAAGUAGAGUAAGGGAUGAAUGAAGGAAAUGAGUAACGUGCAUGGAGACUAUUCCUUUAAAAGAUUAAAUGUGGGGAAGAGUUGAAGCUGAAAGUAGACACAGAGGUGAAGGGAAAAAGCCACUUUCUCCUAAGAAUUUUAUGAAACUUCUGUUGUUAGUUUCCAUUCGGAAGAAACAGUAUCAUUAUUUGAAGAUUACAAUGGUAUUUAAAAAAAAAACACAGGAAAAACAUUGCGUGGGAUUUUGAGAAAUCAACAUUUAGUAUUUAUUUUCUCUGUAAAAUACAAUCCUAGAAUUAGUGGUAUUUCUAGAGGUCACUUUCCUACAUGUGUAGUGGUUUGUGUUUCAGAGUCCCUCCAAAACCUCAUGUGGUCAUAGGUAGGACCUUUUCACAGCUGGGGUCUGGACUAUGUGAAACUGGAAUUGAUUCCUGGUACAGAAGUCAGCUCAAGGGCCCUAGGAUUAAGGCCCACCCCAAGAAACCAGGGUAAGUUAUAAGGGAUUGAAAGAGCUGUGGUCAUCUCUUGCUUGCUUGGCUACUUUCUGCGGACCAUGAACUGUUUCUCUUCUGCAAGCUCUAUUUACCAUGCCACCCUGCCUUGGAGCCAGCUGAUUGUUGACUGAAAUGUUAACAAACUUUGAGUUAAAUAAACCUUUUCCCCUUUAA